AUGGCACCAAAAAAGAAGGCAAAUACCGGGACGCCAACCAUUGCGCCGGGUCUCGGCCGACUGCCGGCAGACACCUACGAUCCGAAUGUGCAGCAUUUCAAAAUGAUAGAGGAGUGCUUGGAAGCAAUUCGCGAUCAUCCAGUCUUUGGGCCGAACAUUGACACCCUGGACCCCCUGCCACUUGUGCCCGCUGUCGCCGGGGACCAGGCCGGCUUUCUGGCUCCGCUGGACAACGAAGCCUUGGCUGCUGCCCGUGAUUCGGGCGGUGAGUAUGUCUGCGGUGUCAACCUUCUGUGGGCAAAUCCCUUGGAGUCAGUGACCCCCGGAGUACCUAUCAUGGCGAAGGCUUUGUCGGACCACGUGCAUCGCCUGAUGGCCCGCGGCCCCAAGGUUGUGGAGGACAGGCUGGAGUUCGUUUACCCCCAGGAUAUUGGCGCUCGUUGGCGCAAGUGUUGUCCCGAGGAGCUCCAGCACGCUGUCAUCAUGGCGAUCCAUGAAAGGAUCGUGCUCGGAGCCGAGGAGGAUGAACUCCUGCAAUGGAGGCGCGUGGUGCUGUCCUGCCCUGCUGCUUUCAUUGACCUCCAGACCGAAGAGGACAUCUACUUCCAUGCGACCAACAAGCGAGUCAAGGCUGAGCAGGACUACCGUCUCCUCACCCACAAGACCACACAGAUGAUCUUCGACGUCUACAACUUCAAGGUACGCAAAGAGCUUGUGUGCGGGACACUGACUGACGAGGAGUUGGCCUACCUCUACAAGACGAGGCUCCUGAAGGUGAAGCGCUCGGACCAGGAGGCCAGCAAGGAGGACAAGGACCGAACCAGUCCAGGCACCAUCAAAGCAUGCGUGACGGUCUACGAGAAGAUGUUCACUCACGAGAAACUGCGAGACGUUGUUCUCAAGGCCGAACAGGACCACCUUGAUGAGUCCCCCUUUGCGAGUGUGCACAAGCUCAACGAAAUCGUUGGCAUGUGCCGACAAAGCGUCGUCAAGAUGCAAUGGCUGCUCCUGACGACGAUGCACAGGUUCGAGACCAUGAAUCUCAGUGCCCGUGAGUUCAGCGCUCGGAAUUUGCAAGGCGCCGGUACCAAGCAAUACGGUCUUGUAUUCCUGCGGCAACGUGAGAUGAAGCUGUACCUGCUGGGACCAUUCAUGGAUGGUCGGAACUUUGUCUCCUCGGCAAAAGAGAAACUUCGUGAGGUGUUUGAGUCCAGGGACAGCUACGUGAACCUCUUGAGGCCUUUGAAAGACGAGGACACCGAAGCUGUGGAUUGCAGCUGGCAGGCGACAUGGCCGAACAGUGCAUUGAAACUGCUGGAGUUGAUCGAGUCAGCUUGCUUCGCAGUGGAGGGCCAGGAUGAUGCGACAGUUCGAUUGGCCAUGAAAAACGGCAAGAACGCGCAGGAGCUGCUGCACGACUACUCGCCGUACAAAGACGCCAUCGCUGACAUCGAUGAGGAGUUGAAGAAGGAGAUGAAGAAGAUCCAGGAGGCCGGGGCGGUAGAUGACGGCGAUGCCAUCGUUGUCCCUGCCGCUGCUGCUGGGUCCUCCGGUGCCUCGGGUGCGACGGCCGUCUCGGCAAAUUCGGGGACCGUGGAGGACACUGUGGAGGCGAAGCGUGAAGCUGCUGCCCGACGCCUGCUCAAGUCGUACUUAGUGCUGGAGUCGGAAGAGGACAAGAAGAGUCCGUCUCUCCUGGCCAGCAGCUUGUCGAAGCAUCAUCUCCUCAAGGCCGCGCAGCAGCAUGGAAACUGCAUCGUCCUCUUCGACGUUAACGGCUUUGGAGAGGCAGUCGCGCUGGCUCGACAUGGCACCACAUCCUUGACAACCCUGGCUCCGAACGAGAUCUACGUCGUGCUCAACGGAGGAAGAACCAACAACCAGUUCGCCUCGAAACACUUCGGAGUUGGGCCCGGGGUUGGCAGAUCCAAGUGCAAGGGUAGCAAUAUCGUGUGGCGGGAAAUCCUGGUCACCUUCACGCCGGACAGUGUGCAGAACAGAAAGUGGCGCACCUCCAAGAGAGCCCUUGCCGCGAUGAAGUGCUCGCAGAAGAUGUUUUGGUGGUUUGAUGCAUCGACCGACAUCCCCCUGAAGUCUCACCUGCAUGUGCCAGGAAACAAUGGUUGUGACAUGAUGGGGCCGUUCGUGCUGGAGCCAUGGACAAGCUUGCCCUGCAUGGCCUACGAGCUCAAGAAGACCUUCUGGGGCAAACGCAGGCAAGCGGUGGGUGGGAAGACUGUGACGGGAGACUCCGAUGAUGAGGGUGCCGAGCAGGAUAAGAGUGAGAUCCAGGAGGACUCCGGAAUCACCAACGAGGAAGACAUUCCGCUUCCUGAUGUUGGCGGUGGACGUGGAACCGCGAAGACGUUGCCACCCGACUGCAAGCAGCCAGUGAACUACCACGAAGUCCCAUGCCUCCUGUGGGAGAGCGUCAUGCAUGCAACCAGUGGCAGUCAGAUUAUCGACCUUACUCCUCAGACAGGUCGGCUGGCUUGCUGGGCAGUUACUAACCGCCUGGGGUACAUCGGUGUCACCGGGACACCGGCACAGAAGGAGUACAUUGAGAAGGAAGUGUUCCAGGCUGUCAUCGAUGCCAUGUCGGAUCCCAGCUCCAAGCUGUACGCUCCGUCUCUGGCGGAUCCUGGCAAGAAACGCAAGAAGACGGAGACGUCUGGAGGACAGACGAAAGUCGCGAAGACAGUGCCGAAGCCGAAACCAGAGGCGCAGCCGAAGCCCGCUCCGAAGCCAGGGGCAGAAGAGACCGCAGUCCUCCCGAUCGGGGAUGGCAAUGCGGAGCCGAAGACCGGCGAGAUGAGUGCGAAGCUGAAAGCCAUGCUCGAUGCAGCCAAACUCAAGAACAACAACACCCAGGAGUGA